AUGGCAAGCUUUAAAAGAAUCAGAUUUUUUGAGUGUGACCAAAUAGAAGAUGCUAAUGCUGCCUCAAAGGGUCAACCUCAGUAGCCUAAAGGAAGAGGGGCAAACAGAGAAGAAACCAAGGGGGAGAUAACCUAGGCUAAGGGUGGUGACAGAACUAUUUAAGACUUGAAAAUCCUCAGGAUGAUAUAUCUCGAUAUGUUCUUCCUAUUUCUCGGUUCUGAUAAAACGAAGAUAGGCGAACCCUUUAGCGAGAGUCUGUACCUAACAAAGAACUUGCAGAUAAAAUCAGAAUUCAAGAUACACAAUGAAACAUUCUACGUAGACAAGUUCAUAAAUUACCAAAAAGGAAUGAAGCUAUUGAUUUCACUUGGUCAAGACUAUUUCAUGAAUGAGAAUAAUCAAAAAGAGGACGAGUGCUACAUUGAUGGUGGCAGAAAAGGCUUGACAGGAGGGAACAUAUGGCAGAAAUAGGGGCUUACCACUGGAGGAGAUAUUCAAUAGCAUAUGGGAGAAACACCUAAGAUGAUUCCAAUCUAUGUGAACGGCAAGCCCUACUAGGAUAAGAUUAAAGCAUUUAGAGUAUCAAAGGAUGGAGUUAUGGCAGCAUUAGUUCUCAGAAAUAAUGACAUAUUAAUUUACAGAGUAAAAUUUUGGUCAAUCUAACUAACUUAAUAGCUACUGGAUGCAAAGGGCGAUUUUAUCCCAGAGAAGACUGCUCAAAAGCCAGUUAAAGUUUUGAAAAUUAAGGAGGCUCAAUAUCAAGAAGUAUUUGAUCUCCACAUUUUUAAACGUACUGAGCCUGGCGGAGCAACUGAAUAUUGUAUGUAUUUGAUUUCUACAAAUGGAGUGCUGGUUUACUACUCUAUUGAAAAGAAGGAAGACUGUAAAUAAGUAUUCGAUGAACAGAAUCUAACUCUUACUCCUAACUGUGUCGAUUGUGAUUAUAACAGAGGUCUAUUAUUGAUAGAUGCUGCUCAAAAAAAUAAAGAUGUCUCAGAUCACUUCGUCAAGAGAUAUAAAUAAAGGGAUUAAAUUCAUCAAUAGGCACUAGAAGGCUAAAAAGAUCUACUCAGAUUCUUCAAGGAUCAUGUUGUUGAGGUAAAACAGAUAAAAUCAGGAGCCUAAUUAUCUAUCUAUGAUUUCAGCAAUCAAAUGACACUCUUUUGCAAUACCUAUCCAAACAUACUUUUUGUUGAAGUUGAGGAAGAUGCUAUCUAUAUGUUGACAUCCAAUCAGAAAGACGUAAAGACCUUAUUCAAACUUCAUGAGAUGGAAGAUAAUGUUAAGAUAUAAACUCUCCUCAAGAAAGGUUUAUAUGCCGAGGCCUAAAAGAUAGCAUAAAAUGCUAAUUUUCCAUAGGAGAUUAUCGCUGAAAUAUGCAAAGAACAUGCAGAUAAUCUUUAUGAGAAAAAAUAAUAUGAUGAAUCUCUAGACUAGUUUAUCAAAACUAUUGGCUUCUUAAAUCCAAGUUAUGUCAUUCAAAGGUUCAUAGAGGUUCCGUAAUUAAACAAUCUCAUCAAAUAUCUAGAGCAUCUUAUCAAUACUCCACAAUAAUAAUAGCAAAACCUUACUUCAUUGGCUGAUUAUAAUAAAGAUUAUACAGCCCUACUUUUGAAUUGCUAUGUUAAGACUAAGUAGAAAGAAAAGAUUACUUAGCUUAUCCAGAAAUCAUAAACUAGUAAUAAGGAUACCAUAUUUGAUGUUGCUACUGCCAUUGAGGUUUGUAGAUAGUAAAGCGAGACCUUAGAAUAAGCAGAGGCAUUAGCUGAGCAAAGUAAGAAGUGGAAACUAUUGGUUCAGAUUUAAAUAGAAAACAGAAAAGACCUGGCUAAGGCACUCUAGACUAUUGAUUAGAAAAUAACAAACCUUAAGGAGAAAGUGGAAUGUCUUCAACUAUAUGCUCCCAAAUUCUUUAAACAGAAUCAAGAUAAACUCCUCAUUGGAUAUCCAUAGAAGCAGUAAAUAGAAUAGAUUUAGACCAUUAGGUUUGAGAUCAAGAAAAACUAGAAGAUUAGAAUCGAAGACUUGCUUUAAAUCUUUGUUGAUGACAUUAGUCAAAUGAAAGAUUUUUUGAGACACGUUAUUGAAACAAAUGGAGAUAAUAAUUCUAAGCAAUUAGAGCAGCUGACUAGUCUUAAUCUAUAUCAUAGACUUUUGGAAUGCUACUUGUACUUGAAUCAAAAUAAUUAGACAUCAAUGUAGUAAUAGAGACAGAUUUAGGUUGAGCAAAGGACUAUUGUUGAAGAGAUCAAUAAGUUUAUUGAUAGAUACGAUUCUAAAGUGGACAAACAUUAUGUACUCUUUUUGUUCCAAAUUUAUAACUAUGCGGAAGGAGUCUAGGGAUGUUGUGAGAGACUUGACUUAAAAUAAGAAUUACUUAGCUAUUACAUUUAAAAGAAAGAUGUUAACAAAGUUCUUGAAAUUUGUUAAAGAUAUUCAGAAAAAGGUGCAGAAAACAAUAUAGGUGAUCUUUGGAUCUAAGCACUUACUUUCUUCAGAGACCUUGAGGGUCCAGAUUCUGAGAUUUAUCUAGAAAAAGCAUUGUAGUUUAUUGGCUCAAAAUCAAUCCUUAGUCCACUAUUGAUUCUUGAGAUAAUCCAAAAUAAGCCAACAAUAAAAUUCAAGGUUAUGAAAAAGUAUUUGCUUGAGAGACUUUAAGCUUAAAACACUGUUAUUUAGAAGAAUAACAAGAAGGUGGAGGAAAAUAUGGAUAAGAUCAAUAAAAUGAAAGCAGAGACUGUAGAAUUGAGGACAAGUGCUAAGAGCUUCAAUCAAAAAGAGUGCUCCUAAUGUGAUAAAAAACUAAGUCUUCCAACUGUUCAUUUUAUGUGUGGUCAUACUUAUCAUGAUUACUGUGUUGAAUCAGAAGGUCAAAGAAAAUGUGUUAAAUGCCAAAUGCAAUUCCAAGACAUUAUUGAUAAGAAAGAACAAUUCAUAGAUUAAGCUAAGUCAUCAGAGCAGUUUUUAAGAGAGUUAAAGGAUGAAAAAGUAAAGUUUAAUGUCAUCGCCGCAUAUUUUGGGCGCGGAUUAUUUUCUGAGAUUGAUCUUCAUCUAAAGGAAAAGGAAAAGAGAUUGUGA